AUUGCAGAAUGAGUUCCUUCGUGCCGCAGAUGUGAGCUGUGGUCUGACUGACUGUCCUCUCCUUGUCGUCGUCGUUAUCGGUUCCGGGUGAGGAAUUUGUUUCCCGGUCGGAGGGAGAGGGGUGACGCACCGGCUCUGCCUGACUGGCUGCUGAUGCAAUGGGAUCACGCUUUGCCUGAGAGGAGCGCUUGGCUGUGCUGCUGGCAGAGUCCUUCAGGCCGUUUUCAAGUUUCUUAAUAAAAGAAACAUUUGCUGUAAAUACAAAAGAUUCUCAACACUCCAGAAAAUGGCAAACGUUCAGAUUGGUGAUUUUUGCUCUCUUAAUCCACUGGAACUUUUUCAACAAGUAACUGCACAAGGAGAAAAAGUCAGGUCAUUAAAGGCUGAGAAAGCAGCAAAGGAUGAAAUCGAUGCAGCAGUUCAGUUAUUGUUAUCUUUAAAACUGAGUUAUAAAACAGCAACGGGCGAAGACUAUAAAGCAGGGUCCCCUCCGACAGAGUUUGCACCCAUCAGUAAUGGUCCAGGUGAUGCUGAAGGUGAUGAUUUUGUUGACCCUUGGACAGUACAGACAUCUAACGCAAAAGGAGUCGAUUAUGAUAAACUUAUUGAUCGAUUUGGAAGCAGCAAAAUUGAUAAAGACCUCAUCAAUCGGAUUGAGAGAAUUACAGGGCACAAACCACACCACUUCUUACGCAGAGGCAUUUUCUUUUCUCAUAGAGAUAUGAACCAAAUUCUGGACACAUAUGAAAAUAAGAAGCCAUUUUACCUUUACACAGGCAGAGGUCCUUCUUCCGAGGCAAUGCAUGUUGGUCACCUUAUCCCAUUUAUUUUUACAAAGUGGUUACAAGACGUGUUUAAUGUUCCCUUAGUUGUCCAGUUGACUGACGAUGAAAAGUAUCUCUGGAAAGAUCUUACAAUUGAGAAAGCUUAUCAGUACGCUAUAGAAAACAUCAAGGACAUUAUAGCCUGUGGAUUUGAUGUCAACAAAACCUUCAUCUUUUCAGAUCUCCAUUAUUUGGGGUUGAGCCCAGGAUUCUACAAGAACAUUGUUAAAGUCCAGAAACAUGUUACUUUCAACCAAGUGAAAGGAAUUUUUGGUUUUACAGAUAGUGACUGCAUAGGUAAAAUCAGUUUUCCUGCAAUUCAAGCAGCUCCAUCCUUUAGCUCAUCGUUUCCACAUAUCUUCAACAACAGGGAGAACAUUCAGUGUCUGAUCCCAUGUGCAAUUGAUCAGGAUCCAUAUUUCAGAAUGACGAGGGAUGUGGCUCCUCGGAUUGGAUAUCCCAAGCCAGCAUUGCUCCAUUCGGUCUUCUUUCCAGCCCUGCAGGGAGCACAAACAAAAAUGAGUGCUAGUGACCCCAAUUCCUCUAUUUUUCUUACUGAUACACCCAAACAAAUUAAAACCAAGAUCAAUAAGCAUGCCUUCUCUGGCGGCAAAGAUACUAUUGAAGAGCACAGGAAAUAUGGAGGAAAUUGUGAAGUAGAUGUAUCUUACAUGUACCUCUCCUUCUUCCUUGAAGAUGAUGACAAAUUGGAACAAAUUAAACAGGCCUAUACAAGUGGAGCACUACUAACGGGAGAACUCAAAAAGAUGCUGAUUGAAACACUUCAGCCAUUGGUUGCAACUCACCAACAAAGGCGAAAGCAGAUCACAGAUGAAAUGGUGAAGGAAUUCAUGACUCCGCGGAAGCUGGCAUUUGAUUUUUAAUCCUACAGGUGCAUGUUAAUUUAUCAAUAGAUUCAGAACACAGUGGGUCAAUGCUGUCCUGCCCUACUGCAUAUGUCACCUGUCUGUGAUGACGUCUGGGCUGAAGUCAAUGUUUCUUCAAAAAAAUUACUUACUCCAUAUGUGUCAACAACUGUUUGGGAAAGCAUUGUUUAUGAGUCUGAAAGAACCAGCCACAAAUUGCAGCCUUGAUUGGACUGUUGUAAGUUCCCAGGAUAAUUAGGUCACCUAGAAAAAUCAUUCAAGAGCAGACUACUCAUCAACAGAUGCCUCAUAGAAUGUAUGAUUAGAGAACAUGAUAAUGUUACAUCAAUAAAGAUUUAUGUACAAUGCCAGGUG